CGUGGUAGCGGGCGGGCGACUGGAUUUCGCGGGUUUUCCCAGCAAGCUUCGAGUCGUAUAUACAAGACCAGGCCUCUUACUCUCCUUGGGAGCCUGCGUGUCAGCAGACUGGAAUUCACAGCCCCGUCUUGGAACCUCCACAAUCCAGCUUGAAGCCAACGCCAUAGUCUUCGUCUUCUAAGAGGGACGGAAGUGCAAUCCAUCCAAGGUGGCUUACAGAAGAGAUGAAAUGUGGUCUGAGGGGCGGUAUGACUAUGAAAGGCUCCCAAGAGAAAGAGGGCCACCUCGGAAUCACGGCAAUGAUGCCUACAAUAGAGUAGUUAAUAUUGUGCCAAAGAAAUCACCACUGCUAGAAAAGAGACCACCACUGCUAGAAAAGAGACCUCCACUGCUAGAAAAGAGACCACCACUGCUAGAAAAGAGACCUCCACUGCUAGAAAAGAAACCUCCACUGCUAGACAGACCUGAUGAAGGAAGCUACAAUAGAUAUUACAGUCAUGUUGAUUACCGAGACUAUGACAAGGGCCGCAGUUUUUCUCAUGAUCGAAGGAAUGUUCUACCUCACAGAGGAGAUGAAUCUGGUUAUAGAUGGACUAGAGAUGAUCAUUCUGCAAGCCGACAGCCUGAAUACAGGGACACAAGAGAUGGUUUUAGAAGAAAAAGUUUCUACUCUUCCCAUUAUUCAAGGGACCGUUCUCCCCAUAAAAGGGAGCCUCCAUUUUUCAGAGAGUCACCUGGAGGUCGAAAGGACUCUCCACACAGCAGAUCUGGCUCCAGUGUCAGCAGCAGGGGCUACUCUCCAGAACGGAGCAAAACAUAUUCAUUCCACCAGUCUCAGCAUAGAAAGCCUGUGCGUGCUGGUGCCUCCUACAAACGGCAGAGUGAAAGAAAUCCAGAAAGAGGUAAAGAGAGAUCUGCUCAGUCUUUGAAAACAUCACGAGACACUUCACCUUCAAGCUCUUCAGCAGUUCCUUCAUCAAAGGUGUUAGACAAACCCACUAGGUUAACCGAAAAGGAACUGGCUGAGGCUGCAAGCAAGUGGGCUGCGGAAAAGUUAGAGAAGUCGGAUGAGAGUAACUUGCCUGAAAUUUCUGAGUUUGAGACGGUACCUGCUGCACCAUUAUUCAUUGACCAGCCGGAAGAACCUGAGUCGAAUACAACGGAUGGGAUAGAAUUAUUUGAAGACAGUCAGCUAGACAGUCGCUCUAAAGCAAUAGCAUCAAAAACCAAAGAGAUUGAACAGGUUUAUCGUCAAGACUGUGAAACUUUUGGGAUGGUGGUGAAAAUGCUGAUUGAAAAAGAUCCUUCAUUAGAACAGUCAAUACAGUUUGCACUGAGGCAGAAUUUACAUGAAAUAGGUGAGCGUUGUGUUGAAGAAUUGAAGCAUUUCAUUGCAGAGUAUGAUAAUUCUGCUCAAGAUUUUGGAGAACAUUUUUAGAAGAAUUAGUGUUCAGGCAAAAUAAACAUAAAAAGAAAUGUUUCUAGAUAUAACCACCCUCCCUCCUCCACCUGUGGAACUGUGUAAAUCCUUAAUGUACGGGACUUUUGUGAUGAAGAGCAAUACUUUAUUUGGCCAUAUUUCCAACUCAGUUAAAUGUCUAAAAUAGUCUUUGAAAGAUACUUUAACUAUAAUUUUUUUCUAAACAUAAAGUCACUUAGUCCAUACUCCCCCAGCCUCUCCCCCUCCCCCCAAAUGAUGGUGAAUUUGCUAAGCUUUGGUAAAGCAAUCCUGGAGACCAGUUCUUUGUACUUACUCCUAGUCUACUGUCUUCCAUGACAUAUGGUGAUUUGUUUUGUCAUUUGAGUGUAAUUUAUAGGUAGAGAUCAUUCCACUUAAAUGAUAGUCUUUUGCAUUCUUGUAGCAGAGAUCGCCAUGUGAAAACUGUUAGCGUUUUGAGUUGUAGUUUUUUUUUUUUUUUUUUAACUGACUCUUUAGUUAGGCCUUUCACAAGUCGAGGAUACCAUCCUAAUAAGCAGUACCGUGGUAUCUUAGUACAUAUUUGCUUUGAGAACAGUUCUCAUUCAGCAACAAAACAAAUUUCAAACCUCUAAAACAUAACUUCAAUUUUUUUCUCAAAAUAAA